GCGAGAGCUCGGUAUUUUCCAUUUACUGAACUAAAUCCGGACAGGGCGGAGAUGUCGUGCAAUUCGCGCGCUCAGUUGUGUUUUCUCCUUUUGAGUGUGACGGCGCUCCGGGGACAGAGCCGGUAUCUAGACGCACAGGAAAACGAAAUCAGCUCAGAAGGAUUAUUUGCUCUCCUAAAUUCUGAAUUAAAGCGAGAGUUACCGGAGGAGUACGUUUACCGGAGACCGUUACGUUGUUUGGAUAUGGUGGCUGCAGAGGGUCAGUUCACGUUUAAAGCGGACCAUCCACAGUUAAACUGUGCAGUUUUUUUCAUUGGUGAACCCAAUGACAUCAUCAGCAUCGAGUAUGACUCUAUCAACAUCAAUUGCAGAGAAGGAGAUUUCAUAAAGGUUUUUGAUGGCUGGGUGAUGAAGGGCGAGAAGUUUCCUAGCUCACAGGACCACCUCCUUCCUCUCUACGAGCGAUACUCAGACUACUGCGACAGUGGAGAGGCUCAUCCAGUUGUGCGCUCCUCUCAGAAUGUUGCCAUGGUGUUUUUCCGGCUUCACCAGUCUGGCAGCAGCUUCUCCAUCACCUUCCGCAAAGUCUUCAAUCCCUUUCCAUGUAACGUGAUCUCUCAGACUCCAGAGGGCAGGUUCAGUAUGGUUAUUCCCCAGCAGCACAGGAACUGCAGCUACUCCAUCAUCUACCCGGUAGAGAUCCAGAUCGGGGAGCUCAGUCUUGGGCACCAUAAUGACUUAAAGCGCUCCAUCCAUGGCUGUGCAGGAGCCAGGGACUUUGUGGAACUCUUGGGGGGCAAUGGGGUUGACACCUCCAAGAUGUUCCCAAUGGCUGACCUCUGCUACUCCUUCAAUGGACCAGUUCAGCUAAAGGUAGGCUGUGAUAACACUGUGGUGAGGAUGGUGUCCAGCGGAAAGUUUGUGAAUAGGGUCACUUUCCAAUAUCGUUUACUAGGUCACCAGGAGCUGGCGAAACUAAAGAGGAACAGUGUUGAAGAUAUGUGUUUAAGUGGAUAAGACUCACAUUCUUCUCUCUCUCUCUCUCUUUGAGCAUUGAUUGGUUCCAGGCUAACUGGAAGCUAAUAAUGGGUCUUUAUUGUACAUUUAUUUUCCAUAAGGGAUUAUUUAUUUUGUAUCUCAUCUUUAUUUGCAUUUAUUUUCUCUUUGAAAUACCAGGUUGUAAAGUCAAGU